UGUGGAGUACUGACCAUGGAGGCUGGUAGGAAUUGCAGGGAGACCAGGAGGAUGCUCAGAACUGGGAGGCGGGGUGAGGAUCUGUCUUCCUGUUUGUUGAGUAUUUGCAAAUGCAGGCCAGGAGAUAUUAGGGAAUAAUAAGGUCAAAGUCCUUAUUUAUGGCCUUGGGGUAGUUAAUGUGUAAUAUUCUGGGAUAUAAAGCUGACCAAGAGGUGAUACCUUGCACACGAGCCUCUGGGAGUGACUGGGAGAGCUGUGGCUGGGAGCUGUCACCAUGUCGGAGAAAUUUGAGAUCACAAACUUGGACAUGAAAUCAGGGAUGACCCUGAAAAUUAAAGGCAAGAUCCACAAGGAUGUUAACAGCUUCACCAUUAACCUGGGCCAGGAGCAAGACAAGCUGAACCUGCAUUUUAACCCUCGCUUCAACGAAUCCACCAUCGUCUUCAACUCUCGUGAUGGUGGCAGGUGGGGACAAGAGCAACGAGAAAGUAACAAGUGCUUCAGUCCAGGAGAGGACGUCAAGAUCACUGUGGCCUUCAAUAAUAAUGAGUUCAAGGUGACACUACCUGACGGACACGUGGUGACCUUCCCCAACAGGCUGGGUCAAAACCACCUGCGCUACCUAAGUAUGGCCGGGCUCCAAAUCUCCUCCUUCAAGCUUGAGUGAGCACGCAGCACCUCCUCAGAACAAGACCUCAGUCCCUAAAUCCGUUUCGGCCCUCUCUGCAAGCCCCAUUAGGACCGCGGUCUUUAGGUCCUGUAAUUUCCCACGCUCCUUCUGACUAACCCCAGCCCCUAGGUCAAGAGCAAAUAAAAGAUUCCUCAUUUAU